AUGGCUCCCCUUUCACAAAAAAAGCGCAGGCUCGAAGAUGGCAUGCGCGGCAAAGUAGAUCGACCUAAAAAACGAGUCCGCAAGCAAGUCGACUACCACAGUUCUUCAGACGAGUCAGAUGCGCAGGAGGAUGAACAGUUUAACGCCGUCAAUCUGAAUGAUUCGGACGAGGAAUCCAGCCGACGAAAAACAAAACAGCAAAAACCAAAGCCUGCUGAAGAAUCAGACGAUGAGGCGAAUGCGGACGGCCUCGAAGAGUCGGAACAGGGUGACAACUCCUCCGCGGACGACGACGAUGACGACGAGGAUGCAGAAACGACCACCACUCCCAAGAGAAAAUCUACAAGCAAGCGAAACGACCCCGAGGCCUUCUCGACCUCCAUAUCGAAGAUCCUGUCUACGAAGCUUUCGCAAUCAGCACGUAAAGACCCUGUGCUUUCACGGAGCAAGCAAGCCGUCGAGACGAGUACGUCUUUAGCCGAUGAGAAACUUGAGCGAAAGGCCAAGGCCAAGCUACGGUCGGAACGUCGUGAAGAUCUAGAAAGAGGAAGAAUAAAGGACGUCUUAGGUUUGAAUUCCGGAACGGCGGGAGAAAUCGCCGAGGAAGAGAAGCGAUUGCGAAAGAUCGCCCAGCGCGGUGUGGUCAAGCUCUUCAACGCCGUACGAGCGGCGCAAGUCAGCAGCGAAAAAGCUGCACGAGAAGAGCGCAAGAAGGGCACAGUAGGCAUGGCCAACCGCGAGGAAAAGGCAAAUGAGAUGAGUAAACAAGGCUUUUUGGAUCUGAUCGGGGGGAAGAAGCGUGCCGCAGCAGUCCAGUAG